CCACAUGACUGUGCUGCGAGUAUGGCGGACGACGAUUGCAAGAGAGGCAAAAGAGUUCGUGCAGGCUUUGAGUACGAUAGUAGGGUGGGGCGUGUCUGAUUUCAAAGAUGCCAUUAUUAAAGAACUCACUUUCAUUGAGACUGUGCUUCGAGAGCGGAGAAUGGAAUGAAUGCGUUCUGCUCCCUCAAGCUGUCUACCCGAAACCGCCAGUUCCUCUUUUUGAUCAGCGUACACAUAAUGGCGGCUUCUCUUCUUACGUUGAUAUGUGAAUCUGUACAAGCUAAGAACACUUUU